AUGGCGCCCGACUACAGACUGAUAUCGCAUCGAACGCUCAAACAUGUUGUCUUGGAGAUUGGCCGCUACAAACAAAUAAGCAUUCUGGACAAUUGGCAACACUUUAAACACAACUACGCUCUAUUGUUGGAUCAAUGUCACAACUUGACCUCUGCCAAACUACGCAUCAUAGGCGUCGCAUUCCAGAUUGCUCUCACAUAUAUAAACAUGCUCGUAGGCUAUGUAGACAUGAGGAGCACUCCAUUAUUGGUUGAUUAUGAACUUGUCAAUCCAAAGAAAAUUCUCGAUAGCUUCGUAGACGAGGAGCUCUCACGGAAUAAGCAUGUCAAUAGCAUCAAAUGUACAUUCAACAUCGAGUCAAAGCAUGACAAGCAUCCAAUCACCGAGGUCUUGGAAGAGUUGGCUUAUAGCCAUUUCACUCAUUUGGACAUCAGCGUCGACGAGAAAGCAAGUCACUACGGCAAUCACUAUCUAUAUAAUCAAUUGGCCACGCGCUCCCUCCAGUCGCUCAGCAUACGCAAUGACUUUGUCGAGUUGUACGACCUUUGCCGAAUACUCGGCGCUAACUCCAUUGGUCUCACAUCUCUCACUGCCACAAUACUCUAUCAUGAUAUCUUGAUCAAUCAGAACAAUGGAUUGGGAUUGGACGACAACCAGGUCAGGCCACUGAACGCACUCCAGACAUAUUAUCAUCAUGGACGUGAUGAAGCCGACGAAGAGAAUCAAAACGAUUGUUACAGGUCAACGAUGUAUGAGUAUGAGGGACCGAUGUACCACCCCGAGACAAUGAGUCGGCACAUUGAUCACUUUAGCCAAGUACUGGCCAACCAUAAAUCAUUGAGACAUCUACAUCUGAUCAACAGAUGUGACAACAAUCAUGGCGAUCACCUUGAUGAAUAUAUGUUGGCAUUGGAUGGACAUUUCAAUCAGCAGUUGGCCAAGGCUCUGAGGAGUGUCUGCAAUAACAAGCUGGAGAGGAUACACUUGGAAGGCAUUGAGUUGUCCGACAUCAUACUGCAGUCACUGCAUUCGCUCACACAUCUCUCGGUGACUGAUGGUUCAGUUCACGUGCAUAACAUUCCAGCUCUGUGUACAAUGAUCAGGACAAACAAACAAUUGGAAUAUUUGUCGUUGUAUAAUAAUCAUCGGCAUCUGCAAAGCAUACCAGAUCACAUGUUGACGACAUUAUUGGAUAGUUUGAAUGAGAGCAACAUCAAGGAAUUGGACAUACGGAGGAAUCCUGCAUUGGAGGAAUAUCUUGGACCACGUGUUCAUUCUUUAAUUCUGGUAAAAGAGUAA